CUGAAAGCAGCCUCAUGAAAUCAUCAGAGGAACUGCUCAACACCCCACAGUCAUGAAAAUUCAGAUUUUUUGUUUGUUUGUUUCCAGUCACUGAGUUUUGGGAAAUUUUAUUGCACAGAAAUACAUAAGAGAGAUGGAGAAGAAUCAUAGAGUUACCAUUCAGGAAUGACCUGGAUUGCUGACAGAAGGGACUGUCAGGUAUCCAUUACUUUUCUUUUUCAAAAGGAUACUGGGUGUGACAGGCUACAAAAUACGAUUUUACAUUAUCCUUGGUGAUCUAAACUCAAUCAGAUAGAGAACAAUUCCUUGGGGGAAAAAAUCUUGCAAGACUUACUUUGCAUGGAGAAAAUGAAAAGAGAAGCCUGAGAUUUUUCAGUAUUUGGGGUACUAUUAUUCAACUCCACUGUGUCAGAAAAGGAAUGAGAGAAUUUUGGGAAGUGAAACUUUAUCAACAGCCCAUAAAUUCAAGCCAUUUGACCAUACUACUCAUGGCUAGAGAUUUCUAAUGGAAAGACAAGCCAGUUUCACAAAGUGCACAGUACCCACUGCAACAUAAGACAAUUGUUGGUUCUUCUUUGGAGAGUGGAAGAAGUUUUCUGUAGACCAGUGGAUUGAAGAUGGAGGUUGCUGGUAUUGAAGAGAUUUAGAAGGUGUUAAUGGUUUUUUUUUAUGAAGACUGGUGAAAUCCAGGACAGACAAAUGUGGAGGUAAAAAAAUGUUAACCAGUGAAAGGGCCCAUUUCUGGUCAAGAGGAAAACCAAGAAGUAGAUCUGAAGGAAAUUUGGUGGACAUGGAAGUGCAGAAAUCCCCAAGAAAUUGCAAUAUUUCUGAUGCUUUCACACUUCUUGGCAAUAAUGCAUCUAAAGCUACAAAUCCAUUCUGGAAUGAACUGACAGCUUCUAACCCAUUUUUGGAUGACAUAACUCAGCUAAGAAAUAACCAGAAGAGAGAGAACAUUUCCAUCUUGAAAGAAGAUCCUUUCCUUUUUUUUAGAGAAAUGGAAGCUGGAAAUUCUUUUGAUUCCUCUGGGGAUGAACUUGAUGUAAGCCAGUUGCUCAGACAGACUUCCUCAAGGAAAUCUGGAAAAUCUAAAAGUGUUUCAGAACUUUUGGACAUCUUAGAUGGCAAAGCACAUGCCCUUCAGAAUACACAUGAUUCUGACCAGAUACUAGAUCAAGACUUAGAAUGGCUUCAAAAUGAUAGAGAGGCUUAUAAAAUGGCUUGGUUAAGUCAACGCCAGCUGGCACGUUCCUGCCUUGAUUUGAAUACAAUUAGUCAAAGUCCUGGAUGGGCCCAAACACAAGUUGCGGAAACCACAAUAAUUUGCAAAUUAAACCACCAAGGAGGGUCCGUACAAUUACCUCAAUCAGAUAUCACUGUUCAUGUGCCCCAAGGUCAUGUCGCUGUGGGAGAAUUUCAAGAGGUAUCUCUAAGAGCUUUUCUCAAUCCUCCACAAAUGCUUAACCAUGAUCUUUCAUGCACUGUAAGCCCUCUGUUAGAAAUCAUGUUAGGCAAUCUUAAUACAAUGGAAGCCAUUUUGCUGGAGAUGAAAAUUGGGGCUGAAGUGAAAAAGGACCCUUUCAGUCAAGUCAUGACAGAAAUAGUAUGUUUACACAGCUUGAAUAAAGAAGGCCCUUUCAAAGUGUUAAACAACUGCUAUGUUUAUAAAGAUACCAUCCAAGUCAAGCUAAUAGACUUGAAUCAGGUGAUGUACCUAGUGGUUGCUGCACAAGCUAAAGUAACUCAGUCACCAGUUGCAACCAUUUGGGAUUAUAUCCACAAAACCAUCUCAGUUGGGAUCUAUGGACCCAGAUAUAUCCAUCCCAGUUUCACUACUAUUUUCACAAUUUGUGGACACAGUUAUAUGCCACAAAAGCUUACAAUCUCUGAUAUUAAAAAAGGUAGGAAAAACACAUCUCCAGUUGUGUUUCAACUAUGGGGGAAGCAUUCGUUCUUACUUGACAAGCCUCAAGAUUUAAGUAUUUCUGUUUUUCCAUGUGAUCCUGAUUUUGAAGUAAAGAAAGAAGGACAAAGGAAAGAAAUUAAACAAACGCACUUGCAAGCAGGUCAAGUAGUUCAUCAGCAAUUUGUAUUUUCUUUAGUUGACUCUAGAAAAAUGCAUUUGUUUGUUUUUCGUGUUCAGGUGGACUCUUCCAAUGGUAGACCAGUUACACAGUUCUUUAUCACUACACCUGAUCUAGCCCCAAACCUAAAAAGGCUCUCAAAUCCACCAGGUGAUUCACAAAAGGAAACGGAAAUCAAGUCUGCCUCUAUAUUACCAGCAGUGCAUGUUAAAUAUCCCACAUUUCAAGAAAAAAAAUUAAACUUUACUAACUAUGGGGUAGCCCUAAAAACAGUGUUAAGACACAGCAAGAUCGACUAUUUACUUGAAUAUUUCAAAGGGGACACAUUAGGUAUUCUUGGAGAACAUAAGGUAAAAGCCAUUGGGCAGUCCAAAGUAAAAGAAUGGUAUGUGGGCAUCCUGAGAGGUAAGAUUGGACUUGUGCAUUGCAAAAAUGUCAAGGUGAUUGCAAAGGAACAAGUAAUGCCUACAGCAUGUAGUGUUUUCACAACCAGCAAUCUUCUUGGACAAAUUGCCCUGCCCUUUAAAAAACUGACUUACAUCUACUCAGUUGUAUUGACAUCGGUGUCAGAAAAAGUUUAUGAUUGGAAAGUUUUAGCUGAUGUCCUGGGCUAUUCACAUCUGACCCUGGAAGAUUUUGAUCAAAUACAGGCAGAUAAAGAAUCAGAAAAAGUUUCUUAUGUUAUAAAGAAGUUAAAGGAAGAUUGCCAUGAAGAUAAAAACACCAAAAAAUUUCUUUAUGAACUUGUUGUGGCUUUAUUGAAGAUGGAUUGCCAAGGGUUAGUAGCAUAUCUUAUCCAAGAGGCUGCUAUUUUGACUUCAGCUGUCAAGAUUGGAAAAAGCUGGAGGGAAUUAGCUGAAAAGUUAGCACGACUCACAAAGCAACAAAUGGAAGCAUAUGAAGUUCCUCACCAAGGAAAAUCUGGAGUUGUUGCUGCGGAGAUGAUGUGGAAACCUGCCUAUGAUUUCCUCUAUACUUGGGGCGCUCACUAUGGAAAUAGCUACAGAGAUAUGUUACAAGACCUUCAAUCAGCCUUGGACAAAAUGAAAAACCCUGUGACCAAGCAAUGGCGAGACAUAACUGGAGCUUUAAUACUAGUAAAUUCUUUAGAGGUUUUGAGAGAAGCUGCAUUCUCCUCUCCUGAGGAAGUAUAGAAUUGAAGGGUAUGUUUUUUAGAGGAGGGAGAUGGUAGGGGAUGAGUGUGUGUGUGUGUGUUUGUGUGUAAAAGAAUCUCAGAAAAGUAUUGCUUAUUUUUUUCAUAUUUGAAAACAUAUUUUUUCCUCAUGAAAGCAUAACUUAACCCAAAACACAGGAUGGGUUUUAUUAUCAAACAAAUAUUAUUGUAUAUAUUUCAGAUAUAAAUAGUAGGUUGUUUUGUUGAGGAAGGAAAGAAAAGCCCUCUCUCCCUAAAGUGGUUUUUAAUUUCUUUAAGUUAAAACAAAUGACUGUUAGAAUAAUUGCAUCACAUAGAUAUCUGGAUAAGGCAGAAGCUGUCAGGGUGAACCUGGAUGUUUUACAAGGAGAUAGGUAGGAAGGGAGGAGAAACCAACACAUACUCCGAUCAGGCAUGGGUUAUUAUUUUUUAUACCUGAUCUCUUUUUAUUCCUCAGUGGAGUUUGCCAGCAUUAUUCCCUUUUUCCUUUGACAAGACCAAGCUCAAGGCUGUUUCCAGCGUGAAAUAAUUUUUCUUUUUGAAAAACCUGAUUCUAUUUUUUAAAAUCAUACCACAUUGUAGAAUAGUAGCAAAGCAAAAAAAAAAAAAAAUCUAUAUUAUAACUUGUAGGGAAAUGGUCGCUUUUUCAUUUUAAUUGAAGCUCACUGAUCUUUUCCACCAUCUCUUGAAAAACUGUCAGAAGGAAAAUAUCAGCAGACAUCAUCUAUUAUCUGCUCCAUGAACUGCAGUUUUCACCUUCUUCCUCUAGCAUCUUAGGACCUAGCUAACCCUGCCUAACUUGAAUCUCUUCUUUAGGGUGUUUGCACAGUCAGCCAUUCUUUAACUGUCAGGAAUUUUUAAACACCUGAUGUAUCUCUGUUGAGUGCAACAUUCUUAACCACCAAAAUCACUGAUACCUGUUUGUGUAUGUGUUUAUGUGCGUGUACUCACACGCUUAUGCAAAUGUGGUUGUGUGUUUGUAUGUGUAACUGUGCUUUAUAAAGCUUUUGGAAGACAAAGAUUAUAUAGGAAUUUGGGCCAGUAUAACUGGCUCAGGUCACAAAGAGUUGGUCCUGUACUUACUCAUUUAUUCAGUCCUCUAGCUGCCUGCCAGUGUUUAUGUGUUUUGUACAAUCAUUCUUUUAUUGUUUCUCAGUUGACAGAGUGUGUGUAGCUGCUCUGUGGCAAGCACAUAGGUGAUUGAGCUUGAUCAUAGGGAGAAAAAUAACAUGAUCCCUGAAAUGAGCACUUCCAAGUGAUGGAGACACACAAUAAUAAAAAAGUACAGUUGGAUAUACAGUGACAUCUGCAAUAACAACUACAGUGGAGAGCUGUGGUGCCAGAAAUGUAUCUACAGGGGGCAUCAAGUGCAUCAUAGCAGGGCGGGGGUGGUCAAACAGUUUUUCCCUGGGAAAGAAAGGAUGAACUGAAGGAGGAUCAGGCAUUGCCUCUGGUCUGGGAAGGGUAGAAGAGGUAGUUAGUUCACUGCACUGAGCCUUGAGGUAAGAGUAAAGCGGAGGAGAUUCAGGGAGCCAGGGGGAAGGGCCUGAAAGAGUGAAGGAGCGAGUGGAGGGAGGAGAGACACCUCCCAAAGAUAAUGUGGAUGAGCUGAAUAAGGAUUUUUGUUUAGGGAUCCUGAAUAAAACAUGUCCAUUUGGCUAAAAAGUAAAAGCAGAAUCUUUUUAGAGCUUUUAAUACACCCACCCUGGGGUAUUUGGUAUGCUGGUAAAGGUAAUUUGAAUUAGGGUUUAAGGCUUUCAAUAUUUAUAUUUGAUGAUAAGAGAACACAGCCUGCCUGAAGAGUUAUGCAUACACAUUCAAGGACGGUAUUUAUUUUAGUUGAAAUUAAAUUCAGGGAGAGGGGGGAAAAAAUAACAAUUUGUAAGUUCAAGACACAAUCAUUUUUACUGGUGAUUUUGCUUUCUUUAGAACAUUCUUGGAAUCUUAAAAAUAUGUCAGCAAAACAGAGAAUUUCGGGAAGGGGUAGUAAGGAAUUAAUAACUGGGUUUUUCCAGGCCCCAAGAUCUGAAAGGACAGAGAUCUUGUUAGCUGAUUAGUUUAAGGUUAAAUAAAUCAAAUCAGGUUUAUAUCAAAUCAUGUGCUGUGGGGUUGGUUGGGAAAUUCAAGAAUAGCUUGAAAAAGGCAGUCUAUGUAAUUUACAGAUAAAGCAAUAGUUUAAAUAUUAAUACACAAAGAUAUUUUAUAAUCUUGUAACAAAUCCUUCCAGAGGAAUGUUAAACCCAUGUGCAAACAGUCUGUUGACAUAAAUGUAUUCUAAUAUUUCAUAAAUCAUCGCUACUUCUCUGAAAUUUUUAUUUUCUCCUUAUAAUGAAUUUUCUUAAUCAGAAAAGAUUAACUCAGUAAGCAUAAAUUGCCUGUGAUUUUUGGCAGUAAAUCAAGGGAAUUAAUAAGGUCCUUAAGUCCCUUCCUUGACAUCAUUAAAAGCAACAAAAGCCAUUAAUCUAGAGCUUGUUCAAGCAUUUCGGAAGUGGAAAAAGCAUAGGCAGUUCUUUCAGUUUCUCAGACUUUUCCUCUAAUGAUGCAUCAAGAUGAAAUUUUAGUUCAGUGCUCCGCUUGCAAUGAAACAAUUUUUCUAUGUGAGCCACAGAUCUGCUUUCUUCUGUUAAAGGCUUUAUAUGAAAGCCAAUUAAGGAGAUGUAUGUAAUAGGGGGUCAUUCAUUAACUGUUCAUAUAAAUAAUGAGUAUGCCACACUCUCAUGUCCUGUAAUGUAGAAAAUACCAAGUUUUGAACUUGAGGAUGGUUAAGUUUCUAGGAGCAGAAUGUGCUACAGUAAUGGAUGGCAUUGUGCUGAGAACAGUCACUGCUGGUAAACAGCUUUGAAUAUGUGGUAUGAACAUACAGUAAAGAAAAUACAUGCAAAAUUGCACAAUGCUGUAAUUAGAAGUUUCAGAUCUUGAAUUUUCACAUUGUGCUACUCUAAGUUGAUUUUGUAGUUACAGCACGCAAGUCUGUAACUUCUGUAAACUUCUGUAAGAAGUUUAGUCACUUUUUUUUUCUUACUCAUUUUUAAUGAUUAAGGAAUAUUUGAGGCAACAUAAAGGAAAAGGAGAAUAAAGAAAAGUUUUGUUGCUGGAGGCUUUUCUAAUUAAAAUGGAUUUUUUUCUUCAUAUAAAUACAUAACUAUUCCCCUCUCUUCUAUGUGAAGUUUCCUCCCACAUGCUACUACUCUAUAUCUAUACAUAUGAUCCCAAAGAUCAUAUGCUGUCCUUAUGCUAAGUAGGAUUAACCUAAAGACAUUCCUCAAACUAAAAUAAUUGUUGAAAGUUAAUUUCCUUCAUGCAUCUUUUCUUGACCUACACCACAAAAUAAAAAUUGAA